CCUCUGCCCGUCUUUUUGCAGGUUUCUGAGCACCUGUCCCUGUACCCGGGACCCCCAUGCAGCCGCCCUCCAGGCCUAGUGGGGCCGGUGCCCCCAGCCGCUUCCUGCCCCUGGGCUCCAGGUGCCCCCCGACGGCCAAGGCGGCGGGGGCGGGGGAGGCGGCGGUGAUGUACGAGUGCAAGGCCGAGGUGACGCCGUCCCCCCACGGCCACCGCACCUUCAGCUACACGCUGGAGGACCACACGAAGCAGGCCUUCGCCAUCAUGAACGAGCUGCGGCUCAGCCAGCAGCUGUGCGACGUCACCCUGCAGGUCAAAUACGAGGACACCCCGGCCGCACAGUUCAUGGCCCACAAAGUGGUGCUGGCGUCGUCCAGCCCCGUGUUCAAGGCCAUGUUCACCACGGGGCUGCGCGAGCAGGGCAUGGAGGUGGUGUCCAUCGAGGGCAUCCACCCCAAGGUGAUGGAGCGGCUCAUCGAGUUCGCCUACACCGCCUCCAUCUCCAUGGGCGAGAAGUGCGUGCUGCACGUCAUGAACGGGGCGGUCAUGUACCAGAUCGACAGUGUGGUCCGCGCCUGCAGCGACUUCCUGGUGCAGCAGCUGGACCCCAGCAACGCCAUCGGCAUCGCCAACUUCGCCGAGCAGAUCGGCUGCGCGGAGCUGCACCAGCGCGCCCGGGAGUAUAUCUGCAUGCACUUCGGGGAGGUGGCCAAGCAGGAGGAGUUCUUCAACCUGUCCCACUGCCAACUGGUGACCCUGAUCAGCCGUGACGACCUGAAUGUGCGCUGCGAGUCGGAGGUCUUCCACGCCUGCAUCAACUGGGUCAAGUACGACUGCGAGCAGCGACGCUUCUACGUGCAGGCGCUGCUGCGGGCCGUGCGCUGCCACUCGCUCACGCCCAGCUUCUUGCAGCUGCAGCUACAGAAGUGCGAGAUCCUACAGUCCGACUCGCGUUGCAAGGACUACCUGGUACAGAUCUUCCAGGAGCUGACCCUGCACAAGCCCACUCCCGUCCUGCCCUGCCGGGUGCCCAAGGUGGGCCGUCUCAUCUACACAGCCGGCGGUUACUUCCGCCAGUCCCUCAGCUACCUGGAGGCUUACAACCCAAGCGACGGCUCCUGGCUGCGCCUGGCCGACCUGCAGGUGCCCCGCAGCGGCCUGGCGGGCUGCGUGGUGGGCGGGCUGCUCUAUGCCGUGGGCGGCCGCAACAACUCCCCUGAUGGCAACACCGACUCCAGCGCCCUGGACUGCUACAACCCCAUGACCAACCAGUGGUCACCCUGCGCCCCCAUGAGCGUGCCCCGAAACCGCAUCGGUGUGGGCGUCAUAGACGGCCAUAUCUAUGCGGUGGGCGGCUCCCACGGCUGCAUCCAUCACAACAGCGUGGAGAGGUACGAGCCAGAGCGGGACGAGUGGCACCUGGUGGCCCCCAUGCUCACGAGAAGGAUCGGGGUGGGCGUGGCCGUCCUCAACCGGCUGCUCUAUGCCGUCGGGGGCUUCGAUGGCACGAACCGCCUCAACUCGGCUGAGUGCUACUACCCAGAGAGGGACGAGUGGCGCAUGAUCAUGCCCAUGAACACCAUCCGCAGCGGGGCAGGCGUCUGUGUCCUGCACAACUGUAUCUACGCGGCGGGCGGCUAUGAUGGGCAGGACCAGCUCAACAGCGUAGAACGGUAUGACGUGGAGACAGAGGCCUGGACUUUUGUAGCCCCCAUGAACCACCGGCGGAGCGCCCUGGGGAUCACAGUGCACCAGGGGAGAAUCUAUGUGCUUGGAGGCUACGACGGCCACACGUUCCUGGACAGCGUGGAGUGCUAUGACCCAGACGCUGACACCUGGAGCGAGGUGACCCGCAUGACAUCAGGACGCAGCGGCGUGGGCGUGGCCGUGACCAUGGAGCCUUGCCGGAAGCAGAUUGACCAGCAGAACUGCACCUGCUGAACUCCAGGGAUGCCUCCUGGGGCCUGAACCUUUGAGCUCUAAGGCAGCAAGGACAUAACAGCAAAAGAAAAAAGGAAGAAGAAAGGAGAAAGGAAGGAAAAAAAGAAGAAAUGAAACCACAGCUGGGUCCAACUCAGAGUACUGUCGCUUUUGUACAAAAAGAAGAAAAAGAAAAAUACAAAAAAAAAAAAAAAAAAAGAAAGAAAGAAAAGAAACAGAGACAACCAGACUCCCCAAAGCAGAAGCUGACCCUCCAGGAUGUGGAGGAGGUAGGGGGAUGCCUCCUGGCUCUGGGGCAAAAGAUGAGAGGGGCCAGAUUGGGGCCUCCCACAGAACCUGCCUAGAAUGAUCCUGGAGGCCUGUCUGGAAGAGGAGGCAGCAACAGCCAGCUCCAGGUUCAAGUUUCCCCUGCAGUUGAUACCCAGCACUGCAGCCAGGCCUGCCCCUCCCCCACCCCUCUCUCCACACCGCCACCAGCAAUGGCCACUUCCCUGUGGGGUCAGACCGCUUUUACCCCCAGCGUCUCUGUGGUUCUUGGAUCCUGGGGAGGGUCAGCUGGGGUACGGGGGGGGGGGUCCCCCAAUGCCAGCCCCGGGCUUUGCACCCUGCUGGGUGGCUCUGGCCCUGACAGACGUUUUCUUGGCAAAUCACUCUUGUAACUUUCCAAUGACAAUAAAAAACAGGUAAUGGUGUCUUCUA